AUGACGGAUGCAGUGUACUGUCUGGAAUGCGCCGUUCAAAGCUACGACUGGGGAAAGCUGGGAAAUGAAAGUAAAGUGGCACACUUUGCCUCCAAGUUCACGGAUAUAAAUAAUGAUAAACCGUAUGCUGAGCUAUGGAUGGGAACUCACCCAAACGGCCCUAGCAAAAUUACAGGCACAAAUACUUUUCUCAAGGAGGCUAUAUCCUCCAACCCCACUCAGCAUCUCACUGCUGCCAUAGCCCAAAAUUACGACAAUGACCUUCCAUUCCUCUUCAAAGUUCUCUCUGUUCGUAAAGCGCUUUCCAUCCAAGCACAUCCCGACAAGAAACUCGGGAAAGAGUUACAUGAAAAGUACCCUACUAUAUAUAAAGACCCGAAUCACAAACCAGAAAUGGCGAUAGCAAUUACAGACUUUGAAGCAUUAUUCGGAUUUCGACCCUUAAACGAAGUCGCAUCAUGCCUUCACGAGUUUCCCGAAUUCGCCGCUCUUGUGGGCGAUGCGACAGUAAAAAAAUUUUUAGAUUCCGUUCGUGGUCAGAGUGAAACUACUUCACCCGAGGAAAUUACGAGUAACAAGGCGGUACUUAGAGAAUUGUUCGCUGCAGUUAUGAUGGCGGAUGCGAAUGUUGUAAAAGAGUCUGUGGACAAGAUGUCGCGGAGAGUGGAACGAGAACAGAGAGAGACGGGAGAUGAUGACUGUACAAAAGAGUUGAUUGUGAGAUUAAGUACUCAAUAUCCGGGUGAUGUUGGCGUAUUUGCAGUUUUAAUGUUGAAUUAUGUAAAACUAAACCCGGGGCAGGCUAUUUUCUUGGGUGCCAACGAGCCGCAUGCGUAUUUAUUUGGAGAUUGUGUCGAAUGCAUGGCUGCAAGCGACAAUGUAGUUCGUGCCGGCCUGACACCAAAAUUCAAAGAUGUACCUGUCUUGGUUAAUAUGCUGACGUACAACUACGGUCCCGCUGAUAAGCAGAUACUGUCUCCCAUUCGGCACUCAUCGACUACUGUCCUGUAUGAUCCACCCAUAGAAGAGUUUUCUGUAUUGCUUACCACACUGACGCGUGAGAAUGCGAGCGAGGAAUUUGAUCCGAUAAGUGGGCCAAGCGUAUUGAUUGUUACUGAGGGGACUGGCGUGAUGAUUGUCGAUAAUCAAGAGAGAAAGAAGGAAUUAUGGCCAGGUGGCGUAUAUUUUAUUGGGGCCGGAAUUAAAAUAAGAAUCGAUACGAAAGAUGGUCUUGUUGCUUAUCGAGCAUUAUGUACUGUUUGA